AUGUCUUCCCCUGCCACCGACUCGGCAUCUCCGACGCCUUCUCCGUUCAACUAUAUUCUCUCUUUCCUGCUUGUCGGCAUCUGCUGGGGCUUCACGACACCGUUCAUCCGCAAGGCCGCCGUCAACUACGCAGCUCCAUCCCAUCCAUCUAUCACCGACCCAAACCGAUCUUGGAUCUCGCGACAGAUUGCGAAAGCCUUUUUCACCGUUGUGGGACUAUUGAAAACUCCUACAUAUGCUCUUCCGUUGCUUCUAAAUCUGACGGGCAGUGUCUGGUUCUUUCUGUUAGUUGGGCAAGCCGAACUGUCUCUCACGGUACCCAUCACCAAUUCUCUGGCAUUUCUCUUCACGGUAUUGGGCGAAUGGUACGCUGAGGGCAAACUCAUAUCGAGAGACACUUGGCUUGGGAUGAUCUUGGGAUUCAACUUUGGGCUGAGAUCGCCUGGAAUAUAG